CCAUCGCCACCUGACCAUCUCACUCAGCGCCACCAUGCUGGCCUCAGGGCUGCUGCUGGUGGCUUUGCUGGCCUGCCUGACCAUAAUGGUCGUGAUGUCCGUCUGGAAGCAGAGGAAGCUCUCGGGGAAGCUGCCCCCGGGGCCCACCCCACUGCCCUUCAUAGGGAACUACCUGCAGUUGAACACCGAGCAGAUGUACAACUCUCUCAUGAAGAUCAGUGAGCGUUAUGGCCAAGUGUUCACCGUGCACCUGGGAACCCGGAGGAUUGUGGUGCUGUGCGGCCAUGACGCUGUGAAGGAGGCCCUGGUGGACCAGGCUGAGGAAUUCAGCGGACGGGGAGAGCAGGCCACCUUCGAUUGGCUCUUCAAAGGCUAUGGCGUGGCAUUCAGCAAUGGCGAACGUGCCAAGCAGCUGAGGCGCUUCUCCAUCGCCACACUGCGGGACUUUGGCCUGGGCAAGCGCGGCAUCGAGGAACGCAUCCAGGAGGAGGCUGGCUACCUCAUCGAGGGUAUCCGGGACACAAAAGGUGCCUUCAUCGAUCCCACCUUCUUCCUGAGCCGAAGUGUCUCCAAUGUCAUCAGCUCCAUUGUCUUCGGGGACCGCUUCGACUAUGAGGACAAAGAGUUCCUGUCAUUGCUGCGUAUGAUGUUGGGAAGCUUCCAGUUCACAGCAACCUCCACCGGGCAGCUCUAUGAGAUGUUCUCCUCCGUGAUGAAGCACCUGCCAGGGCCCCAGCAACAGGCCUUUAAGGAGCUGCAGGGGCUGGAGGACUUCAUAGCCAAGAAGGUGGAGCGCAACCUGCACACGCUGGACCCCAACUCCCCCCGGGACUUCAUCGACUCCUUCCUCAUCCGCAUGAAGGAGGAAGAGAAGAACCCCAACACCGAGUUCUUUAUGAAGAACCUGGUGCUGACCACCCUGAACCUCUUCUUCGCGGGCACCGAGACUGUCAGCACCACCCUCCGCUAUGGCUUCCUGCUGCUUAUGAAGCAUCCAGAUGUGGAGGCCAAGAUCCAUGAGGAGAUUGACAGGGUGAUUGGCAAGAACCGUCAGCCCAAGUAUGAGGACCGAGCCAAGAUGCCCUACACGGAGGCAGUGAUCCAUGAGAUCCAAAGAUUUGGUGAUAUGAUCCCCAUGGGCCUGGCUCGCAGAGUCACCAAGGACACCAAGUUCCGGGACUUCAUCCUCCCCAAGGGCACAGAAGUGUUCCCUAUGCUGGGUUCCGUGCUGAGGGACCCCAACUUCUUCUCCAAACCCCGGGAGUUCUACCCCCGACACUUCCUGGAUGAGCGGGGGCAGUUUAAGAAGAGUGAUGCUUUCGUGCCCUUCUCCAUUGGAAAGCGAUACUGUUUCGGAGAAAGCCUGGCUAGAAUGGAGCUCUUCCUCUACCUCACCACCAUCUUGCAGAACUUCCACUUCAAGUUCCCGCGGCCACCCCAGGACAUCGACGUGUCCCCCAAACACGUGGGCUUUGCCACCAUCCCAAGAACCUACACCAUGAGCUUCCAGCCUCGCUAA